AUGACUAACCUGGCUUCUUUACACAGGCACGGGUGUUUAUCUGGUCGUAUUGUUGCCUUGAAAUGUUCGGAAUGUGGAUCUCGUUCCAAGUCUUCCCGAAUCAUUGGGGGAAGUGACGUUGCUUUGGGUCGAUGGCCUUGGCAGGUCAGUCUAUACCUUAAUAACAAGCACGUCUGUGGCGGCUCUAUCAUUGCACAUCAAUGGAUCGUCACCGCUGCGCACUGUGUGCACAACUACAGGUCUCCUCAGCUCUCCAGCUGGGCAGUAUUUUCAGGCAUCGUGACGCACUCUAUGGAGGGACAGAAUACUCAUGUGUCUGCCGUAGAGAAGAUUAUUUAUCACCAGAAGUACGAUGACCGAAGUCACGAUUAUGACGUUGCUCUAAUGAAACUGGAAAAGCCUUUAAAUUACUCAGACAGCGUGCGCCCGGUGUGCCUACCUCAGUAUGACCAGGAGAUGGCUGCUGGGACUGAAUGCUGGAUCUCUGGCUGGGGACACACUCAUCCUGACCGGUCACAUAUGCCUAAGACCCUAAAGGAAGCCAUGGUCCCUCUCAUUAGCACCAAGAAAUGCAACAGCUCCUGUGUCUAUGAUGGUGACAUCACCCUGAGAAUGAUGUGUGCGGGAUACCUUGAUGGCAAGAUAGACGCCUGCCAGGGUGACAGUGGUGGUCCUUUGGUAUGUCACACAGACUAUACCUGGCGUUUGGUUGGUGUGGUGAGUUGGGGCAUGGGAUGCGCAGAGCCCAAUCGUCCUGGUGUGUACACGAAAAUAGUGGCAUUCUUAGAUUGGAUCCAUCACAUUAUUGAGGUAAACUCAGUAAGAAUUAAUUUAUGUAAAACAGACUAG